UACCGGUAAACAUUUUAAACGUAACACUUUAGUUAAUUUUCAAUCUAGAAAGUGGCAUCUGGCAACAACAAAAAUAUGAAAAGCGGAACCAAAAGUAUUUGGAAACUUUGCCGGUUCGGAAUAACGAUGGACGUGUACACAAUGCUUGAUACAGGCCCGGUUCAUACAUAGCCACAGUUAGGAUUAGUCACACAUGUAUUUGAUACAGCUCAGUGAUGCAUGCCUGUCGUUUCGAAGUAAGUCUGCCAAACCUUUUUAUUUGGUUGCUUGAAAUAGCGUUGUGAAUCUUUUCAAAGGUGAGCAUAAAGGCCUUUUCUCAUCAGGUCCGUUAAAAAAAAUCAAUACGACGCCAUUCACACCAAUUGUGAAAUAUCGUCCUGCUGCAAUCCGGCCAUUAUUUAUUCGAAACAGCAAUCUACAUCUAAUUUGAGAGAAACAGAAGUUAUAUGAGUGUCUUCAGAGUUGUCACCUGGAAAUAGCUGGUGCUGAGUGAAUCAUGACAGAGCAUAAGACACUGGUCAUAGACUUUGAGCCUCGGGUGAAUGACACUGCCCAAGGUGAACAGAACCAACAAAGCAGAACAGAGAAACAACUCUGGGUACGCAGUGAAAACUCUUUCACUUUCAACUUCUUCCCUGAUGGUGCACCAGCAGCACAGGGGGCAGAAACUGCCCUUUCAGAUGUGAAACACCAGUUUGCAGGAUUACAGACAAAAACAUCCACCGCUUCUACAGAACAGGGUUCUGGUUUUGCAUUCAACUUCCAAAUCCCUGUUAGUAUACCAGGGGAGAUGGAGAAAGAAAUUGGCACACCAGUACCCUCAGGGGAUGUAGCCCUGAAAGAGCCCAAAGAGGAAAAGCCUCAGGGCCAGAACGUUCAACAAGUAAUUAAAGCACCUGAGCCAACCACAUCUUCUAAAGCCAAGAAAAAUAAGAAAUCUGGUCAUAAGAAAAUUGCCAGCGAAGGACAGCAAAAACAGAUGACAAACUUGACAGACACAGAAGGGACUCGUGGGGAGGAUGGCACAAUGCUGACUACAGAACAGCAGCUGAAAAGAGAGCUGGACUGGUGCAUUGAGCAGCUGGAGUUGGGAAUGGCUACUCUGAAGGCUACGCCAAAACAGAAGGAGGAGGCCUCUCGUGCCCUUAAGACGCUGCGCAGCUCCAAAGCCCCCCUGGCAAAGAAGAGGCAGGUGAUGAGGGCCAUGUCUGGGGACUACAGGAAGAAGAUGGAGGAGGAGAAGCACAAGCAGUUCAAAUUGAUUCAUGCUGCAAUGACAUCGGCUCAGGUCAAAGUAGUGGCAGACCCUGCUAAGAAGUCUAUUUUCCACAGGAAAGCGGAAGGUAGAACAGAGACUCUACCCUUAAAAUUAAAUUCAAAGUGUCAACAAGAUAAUUUACAGGCACAGACUCCAAACACAAGUGUGCUGAACCAGGAGAACUCAACUUUUGUCUUCACUCCUGCUAAUGAAGAGUUCUGCUUUAACUUCCUCUGAUUUGCUCUGGGGAAGUAUUUGCUCAAGAAAUCAGUCUUACUCUAUAGAGGAAUACAAAUGAAGCCAUUUUUAAAGUUCUUUGCUUGAAUGCUCUCCAUCUGAAUAAUGGUUUUGGUUGAUUAUAAUGCUAUUGUUUGUGGUUUGAUUAAGUAUUGUAAACCUCUUGAUUAAUAAAAUUGAUUAUUUGGGUAAA